AUGUUGCGCACCGUGAAGGGAAGACCCGCUCCUGUCAUGACAGACAUUCACAUUAAGCAGUAUCGGCAAGCCGCACCGCAGCCCAGUUCCGAGGAAUGCGUCCCAGAUGCAAGGGAGCAAAUACAGACAGACAGACAAAUCGGCAUGAUAGGAUUCGGCCCCUUGGUGUACAUCGAGGUCGAAAUGUCCGGUGAAGCUCCGAGAAAUGGGAACGGCGUGGCGAGAGGUGGCGAGAGGUGGCCUGAUGUGGCGAGUCGUGUUGAUGGCGGCCCUCGCAUCAUGCAACGCACUCUGGACUUUGGUGCACAUGCAGUCCGACCCACAAACCUUCAUCGCGGAGGCAGAUGGAGUACAGCUUAA